AUGUCCACCACCUUUUUCGACGUCUCAGCCAACGGCCAGCCAUUAGGCAGAAUCACUUUCAAGCUCUACUCGGACGUGCCAAAGACCGCUGAAAACUUCAGAGCCUUGUGCACAGGCGAAAAGGGCUUCGGCUACAAGGACUCGAUCUUCCACAGAGUCAUCCCAGACUUCAUGUUGCAGGGUGGUGACUUCACCAACUUCAACGGUACCGGUGGUAAGUCGAUCUACGGCGCCAAGUUUGCUGACGAAAACUUCGUCCACAAGCACACCAAGCCUGGUCUCUUGUCCAUGGCUAACGCCGGCCCAAACACCAACGGUUCCCAGUUCUUUAUCACCACCGUCGCCUGCCCAUGGUUGGACGGCAAGCACGUUGUGUUCGGCGAGGUCGUCGACGGCUUGGACGUUGUCAGAAAGGUCGAGUCUCUUGGCUCCAACUCCGGCGCCACCAAGGCUGAGAUCAAGAUCACCAACUCCGGCGAGUUGUAA